CAUUUUUGAAUCAAACUCGACUAUGGUACAAGCUGCAAUUGUUUUUUUACUACAAUCUUUAUCUACAGCUGACUCUUUUGCUUUGCAGAAUGACACUGAAGUCAAAGUUGUAUAUGCUUACCACACCAGCAGUGAUGCAACUGGUGGUCUAACAAGGCACACUAACAGGGGAAUUUUAGACGGAAAGCACAACCUGAUAGUGAUGGCAAUGUCCGCCAUGCAGCCAUCUUCCACAGAAUCGGGCAUCCAGCCAUCCCAGACAAUGAUGCCUCCAACUUCAUCAAAGGAUUCAGGUGGCUCCACGACGAAGCCUCCAUCUUAUGCAGUUCUCUCCUCCCCUGAUGGCUUCUUCAAGCUACAAUGGACUUAUAACAACAGCAAGAUGAUAUUCAAAAUGACUUGUAAAACCACAGGCUGGUGUGCUGUCGGAUUUACCACAACUGACGAUGGAAGGAACAUGGUGAAUUACGAUAUAGCGGUUGCUGGGUACGCUUCUGGUGCAGGGUAUAUUGAUGAUCGUUGGAGUACCUCGAGAACCCUGCCUUCAAAUGAUACAGAGCAAAACUUCAACCUCAUGAUGGCAAGUGAACAGGACGGACAGACCAUGGUGGAGUUUUCCAGAGACGCGCUUACAGGCGACACUGUCAAUGACGUGCAGUUUACGGUAUGUUUAAACUAAUGAGAACAUUUUAGAGAGUAAAAGGAACGAGGCAAGAGA